AUGCCCCCUCCGCCACUCAUAGACCUCUCAGACCUCGACCCACUCGCUCCGUCCUCCUCUUCGCGCUCAACGCCACGAACAGGCUCGCCAAAGACGCAGGGACCGCUCUUUCCCCCACCUCCUCCUUCCUCCUCGUCCUCCGCUACACCGACUUCGUUCGCGCCGACUAUGCAGGAAGUUCGUGCGGAAGACGUACGGACGGGAGAAGACCCGCUUGGGGGACUGUUGAACGGGCUGGAGGUCGGCUCGUCUUCGAGUGCGACUCAGGUGAAUGUAGCGGAUCGCCUUCGACGGGCGCAAGAAGCGCGUGAAGAGCGGGUUCUGCAGGAUUUGCAGAGGGAACCGUUCGAGGCGACGAAACCUCCGCCUCUUGCGUUCGUCGACGAACCCACCUCGCUUCUCCCCUCUUCCUCCUCGACACCUUCUUCAUCCGCCGCGCCAGUCUCGAUCCCCCCUUCCCCGCGCCGCCGACCCUCAAUGAGCCACGCGUCCUUCUCCCCACCCCGCCGCCUCUCAAGCCUAAUGGACCUCUCCUCCUCCACCUCUUUCCACACGCCCACUUCUCCACCCGCCGAAACAUCCGUCUUUGCGGAUCCUUUUCAUUCGCCUGGACAUUCUCGAAGUCGGACGCGGACGAAGAGUGGAGGGAAAAAGGAAGGGGAGGGAGAGGCGGAGGAGUGGGAGAAAGGGAUCGAGCAGGCUAUGGAGGGGAAUAUCAGUGCGGAGUGGGGGGACUUUCAGGAUGCUGACAUUGCUGGGUCCUCUACGAACACGAACGGAGGAGGGGGGCUGGGAGGGAGCGGGAUAUUCGGGUCUCUCAGGUCUUCCUCUUUCCCUUCCGCUGCGAGCGCCUCAGCAACGCUCUCAACAGCCGCAUCAGCAUUCACCUCUUCCCUCGCCACAAACACCCACUCGACCCUCUCCUCCUUCUUCUCCCAACACACCCAAUCACACUCUCAAUCCGCACACGUCUCGUCUCUCGCUUCGCCCGACGUAUUAGAGCGGAAACCUCAGCCUCAGAGAGCGGCGACGACGGGUCAAGGGGGGUUCGAUCCGGCUGCGCAGCCGAUCAAACUUGUGGGUGUUAGGCCGGGGGUGGUGCGGGUUUUAGAGGAGGAUGUUGCGGAAGGUAUCCGCUCAGCCCUCCCACCGCGCCUGCGCCUCUCCCCGCGCUGGACGCUCCUCUACUCGCUCGACCAACACGGCAUCUCGCUCCAAACGCUCUUCACGAACCUCUCUCGCGGCCUCAAAGACCGCGACGGAGGCUUCGUGUUGGUGGUCAAGAGCGAGAGGGGAGAGGUGUUUGGGGGUUAUUGUUCCGAGGCGCUGAAGGACUCGAGUGCGUCGAGGGAGACGAGGGCCCAGCGGUGGAGCGGGGACGGGAGUUGCUUCCUCUGGAAAUCUGUCCCCUUCCCACCGUCCGACUUCCGCCUCGGCUCCUCCGUCCGCGUCUUCAAGCCCACCUUCCGCAACACCUACUUCCAGCACGCCUCUUCCCAGUUCCUCGCUUUCGGCGGGGGAGAAGACGGCGUUUUCGGGUUGUGGAUCGACGGGGUGUUUGAAAGGGGAUGGACGGGGACGUGCGAGACGUAUAGGAAUGAGCCGUUGGUGGAUGUCAAGGCGAGAGGCGGAGGGGACGGGGAGAAGGACGCGGACAGCGCGGGCAAGCAGGAGACGGGCAAGUUUGAGGUCGUCGGAUUCGAGUGCUGGGCAGUCGGAUCGUGA